UCGAUAUUUGUUUACAGGCAGCAGCCGCAAUAUCUCGUUGAAAAAUGCUGAAAUAUAAAGAAAGGAUGCAAAAUACAAGUUUUUAGUGCUAUACAAAUAUUUAUAAAACGAAAACAAUUCAUUUAUCAUACCCGUAUAUAGCAACAUUCUUCGCAUUUGGCAACUGCUGUCGAUCCUGGUUUUGUGCUUUUUUCUAAAGCCUUGAUGGCUAAAUGUUCUCACAUUUUAAUAUAACUUGACGGUGUUUUAUUGGAUUGUCCCAAUCCUAGCAUGUCCUUUGAGGAUUGGUUGAAUUUGGUAAAAAGUGCUGAUAAGUCAUCUGUCAUACAAGGAAAUGUGCGAAAAGUGCACUAUCGAUUUCCUGAUGGCAGGGAAAUGGCCGAAGAAUACAGUACAGAUACCGGUGUAGUUUUGCGGCGCGCCUGGAAAAAUAAAAGUACUCUACUGCAUAAAGAAGAUUGGGUGUUAGAACUUGGGGAAUCAAUACCUGCAGGACUUAAAGAAAAUGAAGAAAUGUUAAAAGAAUGUUGUACCGAACCUUUGCUUACCAAAAGAGUGACGCGUAAUGCUAUUGAAUGGAGAAUCAGAAAUCUACCGUAUCCUGUUACAACUUACACUAUAACAUGUAGCGAGAACGAAAAAACUCUUACCAUUAAAACUUCUAACAAUAAGUAUUUCAAAAAAAUAAAUGUGCCAGAAUUUCAACGAUGUAACUUUCUUCCAAAGCAGGAACACUUGAAUGUAGUUUACAAAAACGCAACUCUUAUAAUAACGGUUAAGAAACCUGCAAUUCUUUUAGAAAUGGAACGAGCUAUUUUAACAGUGCUUCAAGAUGUGGAAACCAUGGAAUAUAAUAAUGUUUGUUGUGAAAAUCUCUUGGGUGGCCUCAUGAUACAAGAAUAAAAAUAACAUCGAUACAAAA